AUGCAAUCUCCACACGCCAAAUAUCUUCGAGAAUGCCUCUCUCUGGCUGAGAAAUCCCCGCCCCGCCCGACCAACUUUCGCGUCGGCGCCAUCCUCGUCUCCCGUAAAGAAGGCGAUUACAAGACCGAAGACGACCGGAUCGUCUCGACUGGCUACACGAUGGAAUUAGCGGGUAAUACACAUGCAGAGCAGUGCUGUCUGUCCAAUUACGCUGCAGUACAUUCCGUGCCAGAAGACCGCGUGUGGGAGGUAUUACCAUCUGAACCGGACCGAAAGCUAGUCAUGUACGUUACAAUGGAGCCAUGCGGGAAGCGACUCUCGGGGAAUCUGCCUUGUGUACAGAGGAUUAUCCGGACUCGUCAGGGGGAUCGCAAGGGCAUCCAGAAGAUAUAUUUUGGAGUCAAGGAGCCGGGGACAUUUGUCGGUGGCUCAGAGGGGUGUCAGAUGUUGACAGCUGCCGGGAUUGAUUGGCAGGUUGUCAAUGGGUUGGAGAGGGAGAUCCUGGAGGUGGCGGUGGCUGGGCAUGAGAAUCGUGAGGAGGAGGUCAAGGCCGCAUUGGACACAGUUGAAACCAACAUAGAUGACAUCAGUGACGACGAGCGGCGCCGACAGCAGGAAGCGCAAAGGAAUCCAAAGAAAAGAAUGAUGGAAGCCAACUUGCUCGGCUGA